AUAUGGAUGACUGCUUCCAGUGCCAAGAAGAUCAGUAUCCUAACCAAGAGAGAAACCAGUGCAUCAGCAAAAAAGAAAACUUCUUAUCUUAUGAAGCACCUUUAGGCAUCAGUUUGGCUCUUUUGGCUCUGGCUUUUUCUGCAACUACAGCUAUGGUGUUUGGAAUCUUCAUCAAACAUCAAAACACACCUAUUGUCAAAGCCAACAACCAGAAUCUCACCUACACCCUGCUCAUCUCCCUCCUGCUCUGCUUCCUCUGCUCCUUGCUAUUCAUUGGGCGCCCCCAGUUACUGACCUGCAAUCUACGACAAACUGCCUUUGGUAUCAUCUUCUCAGUGGCUGUUUCUUCUGUUUUGGCUAAAACCCUCACGGUGGUUCUGGCUUUCAUGGCCACCAAACCAGGAUCCAAGAUGAGGAAAUGGGUGGGGAAAAGAUUUUCCACCUCUAUUGUUCUUGGUUGUGCUUCUAUCCAGGCAAGUAUUUGUAUGCUAUGGCUGGGUACUGACCCUCCUUUUCCACAUCUGGACAUGCACUCUCUGCCUGAAGAAGUCAUAGUGGAAUGCAAUGAAGGCUCAGCCAACAUGUUCUACUCUGUUCUUGGUUACAUGGGAAUGCUGGCUCUUGUCAGCUUUGUUGUGGCUUUCUUUGCUCGGAAGCUGCCAGACACUUUUAAUGAAGCCAAAUUUAUCACUUUCAGCAUGUUGGUGUUUUGCAGUGUGUGGCUUUCUUUUGUUCCAUCCUACUUAAGCACCAAAGGGAAGUACAUAGUGGCUGUGGAGAUCUUCUCCAUCUUGGCCUCCAGUGCUGGAAUCUUGGGUUGCAUCUUCUUCCCAAAAUGUUAUAUCAUUGUCUUCAAGCCUGAACUCAACUCAAAAGGGCAGCUAAAAAAGAGAAAUAAGUAA